AUGGAUAUGCAAGGUAAUUACUUCAGCUUGACUCUUCUGUUGUUCCGUGUUGGGAACCAAAAGUUAAGAGAGUAUUUCAAGACACAGUGGCCAAUAGUAUACCAGCGUGUUAGACCUGGUACAGUACCACCCCCUUGGCAAGACACACCACAUGAUGCAGCAGAAAUGAAAAAAAUACAACCAUCCAAACUGAAAUUCAAGUUCAAAGAUGAAGAAACAAAGUUUAACUCAGGAAACACAAAUGACUGGGACUUCUCACUUCUCACCUCAGUACUGCGAUAUUCAUCUUUGCAAUUUGUGCUGCCUUCCAGUCCUGAAAGUAAAGCGUUAGAUGAUCUUAAAAAAAUCCGUAACGAACUAAUAGGACAUGCUACUGAUGCAACAAUACCUAAUGCAUUAUUCCAUACAGCAUGGACAGACGCCUGCAAUGCAUUAGCACUAUUCAAUGCAUCUGCUACUGACUUCAAGUGUGUACAAGAUGAUGUGAAUAAACCAUGGAAUGUGUUGUACCCAAUGCUGAAACAGUGUGUUGAACAAGAGAAAGAAAUAAAAGAUUCUGUUGACACAGGUGAGUUAACACCAUGUUAAGCUUUCUUAAAGAUCUUG